UCACCUCGUCCAUCCUUCCAGCACUGAGGACCAACCAACUUCAUUCUUCACAAGCCCCUCGAUUCCCCUCACUUUCCCUUUCGUAAACCCCAAAUCCCUAACCCACCCGCAUAAUAAUGCUAUGAAGGUUCUCAAUGUCGCCAGUCUCGCCCCAGUUCCUCUCCCCAAAAGUUCCAGUUCCAAAAGACCUCUUUACCGCAUCAGAACAUUGAACCCCUCAGCUUCCCUUUUCCGCCGAUUCAACGAGGGCUUGGUUUCUCUUUCUUCACCUCUCUGCUUCGCGGGCAUAUCGAAUGCUCUCACCUACGACGAGGUUCUAGGGUUCUCAACUUCCUCGAACGACUUCGAUUUCGCCAGGAUCGUUGAUGGGAUUGUGAAGUUCGGAGCCGAGAACCCUUUGAUCGUCGCUGGAGGGGUUGCAGUCGUGCUGGUUCCAGUUAUUAUAUCACAGACGCUGGGCCGCUCCAAGUCCUGGGGAGUGGAGUCGGCAAAGAGCGCGUACGCGAAGCUUGCGGAGGAUGAGGGUGUGCAGCUGCUCGAUGUAAGGGAAGGGAAGGAGUUGAAGGAGGUGGGGAGUCCAGACCUGCGCGGAUUGAAGAAGAAGGCGGUGGCCAUAAGUUUUCGAAGGGAAGAUAAAGCGGGGUUUUUGAAAAAGCUUUCUUUGAAGUUUAAGGAUCCCGGGAAUACCACAUUGAUUGUCAUUGAUAAGUUUGAUGGGAACUCUGAAUUGGUUGCGGAAUUGCUAACUCUGAAUGGUUUUAAAGCCGCUUUUGCAGUAAAGGAUGGUGCCGAAGGACCUCGAGGAUGGAAGAAUAGUGGCCUUCCUUGGACAUCUCCUAAAAAGACAUUCUUGCCUGAUUUUAGUGAAUUAACAGAUGCACUUAGUUCCAUUGGGGAGACGUCGGAUGGUUUACCUGUCACUAUUGGUCUAGCAGCUGCCACUGGCUUGGGCUUGUUUGCCUUCACUGAGAUAGAAACUUUACUUCAGCUGCUGGGCACUGCUGCUCUCAUACAGCUCAUCACCAAGAAGCUCUUGUUUGCAGAAGACCGCAAGGUAACACUACAGCAAGUUGACGAGUUCUUGAAUACCAAGGUGGCUCCCAAGGAGCUUGCUGAUGAGAUAAAGAUGAUUGGUAAAGCUCUUCUACCAAUACAAGAUACAUCCAAAGCCAGUCUCCCAGCUCCAGCAGAAUCUCCUGCUACUACAGAACAGAAUGUUGAAGCAGAACCAGCUCUGGAAGUCAAUUCUGUUCCCAGAGCCGAGCUCGGGGAACCCGGCAAGCCGACGCCUCUUUCACCUUAUCCAUAUUAUCCAGACUUCAAACCUCCAUCUUCACCUUCUCCUUCCCAGCCAUAGAAGCCUAAACCGCUCAAUCAAUAAUUCUCAGAGGUUCCCUGCUGCACUCAUCUUUUCCUAACUAGAAGAGAUCAAGUUUAUUUUUGUAUGUAAAUUUAGUUUUCAAGAUGCAAUAAUUCAAUCUCAAAUGAUUUUUCUGUAACUGCAGUUUAAAUCCUUCUUUGUUGGCUUGAUUAUGGGUUACAGUAAAAAUGUCAUGCUUGUUUUCAA